AUGAAGAACCAACAAGCAAAGCAACAAGAGGCAGCUGCCGCAAAGGCUCGUGCCGCCGCUAAUAGUGGCGAUGAAGCAGUUGAAGGUCAGCAACAACAACAACAACAACAACAACAACAACAACAACAGCAACAGCAAGCACCUGCUGCUCAAGGUCAAAACGCUCAAAGUGAUGACGAAGACUCACAAGACCAACAAGAUCAAGGUGAUGAUCAAUCGGAUGACAACCAAGAACAAGAACAACAAGCAUCUGAGGAGGAAGAUGACGACGAAGAAGAAUCCGAGGAAGAGGAAGAGUCUGAUAGCGAUGAUGAACUUGAAGAACUGUAUCGUCUCAUGGUUGGAAAGAAGAUCAACAAAGCUGGCCUCGUCGUUGACAAAAAGUCGGGUGCUGUUCUUGGUAAAAUUGCUGAAGGCAAACUCAAAAGAAUGACUGGCAAGAAGGUCCGUGACAAUGGUGAAGUCUACAACGACAAAGGCAAACUCAUUGGCCGUGUAGAGCCUGUUCAAGAAGACAGCGAUGAUGACGAAGAUGACUCUGAUGACUCUGAAGCUGAUGAUAAUGCUGAAGAAGAUGUGCCUGCGGCUGAUGCCAUCAAGGAUGAUGAUGCCCCUGAAAAUGAUGCCGAAUCAGCUGCCGAAAACACCGCCAAUGACGCUCAAGAUAAGGCUGACGACGUUACUGAUGAAGCCAACGAUGCUGUUGAUGGCUUUAAGAAGGACGCUGAAGAUGUCACUGAUGAAGCUCAAGACAAGGCUGAUGAAGCUCAAGACAAGACCGACGACGUCGAGCAAACCGCUGAAGAUGCAAGCAGUGAUGCUGAAGACAAGGCAGAAGAAGCUAAGGAAUCUACCAGUGACAUUGCCAGUGACGCUGAAGACAAUGCAGAUGAUGCAAAGAAGGCAACUGAAGAAGCCACUGAUGAUGUCGCUGAUGAUGUCGCUGAUGAUGCCAAAGAUACCAAGGAGGACGCUGAGGAUGCUGUAAGCGAUGCCGAAGAUACCGUCAAGGACACUAAGGACAGAGAUAUCAAGCAAGAUGCAGAAGAUGCAGUUGAAGAUCUCGAAAUCGGUGACAAGGACGAUAAAGCUUCUGACGCUGAAGACGAAGAAAAGAAGCCUUCCAAUCCUUAUGAUUUGGUUGACGAAGACUCUCCCGAGGUCCGUAAAUCUGGCAAGGUCGUUGACAUGGAAGACAAUGUCGUUGGCACUGUUGACAAGGACAUGGCUCCUAAAUUAGUUGGUUUUAAGGUCGAUAAGGACGGUAACGUUGUCAACCACGAGGGUCAUAUCGUUGCCAAGGCAGAACUCUACAAGACUGAGGAGGAAGAACCUGAGCAAGAAGAAGAAGAGGACCAAGACAAGCCAUUCAACCCUAAUGAAAAUGUCAACGAAGAUUCUCCUGAAGUCCGUAAAUCGGGCAAGAUUGUCGACAUGGAAGAUAAUGUCGUUGGUACUAUUGACAAGGAGCAAGCUCCCAAGUUUGCUGGCUUCAAGGUUGACAAGGAUGGCAAUGUGAUCAACCACGAAGGCCAUAUUGUAGCCAAGGCUAAUCUCUACGAGACUGAAGAAGAAGAGAAGCCCUUCAACCCCAAUGAAAUGGUAAAUGCUGAUUCUCCUGAAGUUCGAAAGUCUGGAAAGGUCUUCGACAUGGAUGACAAUCUCGUUGGUUACGUCGAUAAGCGUGUUGCUGCUAAGCUUGCUGGUAUGAAAGUCGAUGAAACUGGCAAUGUUAUCAACGAUGAAGGCCAUAUUGUUGGUAAGGCUGAUAUGAUUAAGCCUGAACCCGAGGAGGAAGAACCUGAGGAAGAUGAAAAGAAGCCCUUCAACCCUAACGAAGCUGUGGAUGAAGACUCUCCUGAGGUCCGCAAAUCUGGCAAGAUUGUCGAUAUGGAAGAUAACAUUGUGGGCCACAUUGACAAGAAGCUCGCACCCAAGUUGGCUGGUUUCAAGGUAGACUCUGAUGGUAAUGUGAUCAACAAUGAAGGUCAUAUUGUCGCAAGAGCUGAAAUGAUUCCUGCCGAGAAGGAAGAAGAGAAGCGUUUCAACCCCAAUGAAGCUGUUGACGAAGACUCCCCUGAAGUCAAGAAGUCUGGCAAGAUCCUCGACAUGGAUGACAACCUGGUUGGCCAUAUUGAGAAGAAGCUCGCCGCUAAGCUGGUCGGUUUCAAAGUGGAUCCCAAAGGCAAUGUCAUUAACAACGAGGGCCAUAUCGUUGCUACUGCUGAAAUGAUUAAGGAGCCCGAGCAAGAGGAAGAGAAGAAGCCUUUCAAUCCCAAUGAAAACGUCAAUGAGGAUUCACCUGAGGUUAAGAAGUCUGGCAAGAUUAUGGAUAUGGAUGAUGAAGUCGUUGGCCACAUUGACAAGAAGCUUGCUGCUAAGCUCGCUGGUUUCAAAGUUGAUCCCCAAGGCAAUGUGAUUGAUAACGAUGGCCAUAUUGUUGCUACUGCCGAAAUGAUCCAGAAGCCUGAAGAAGAGAAGAAGCCUUUCAACCCUAACGAUGCUGUUGAUGAGAACUCCCCUGAGGUGAAGCGCUCUGGCAAGGUGGUCGACAUGGAUGACAAUAUUGUGGGUUCCGUUGAUAAGCGUCUUGCUCCCAAGCUGGCUGGUUUCAAGGUCGAUGACGACGGCAAUGUUAUUGAUAACGAAGGUCAUAUCGUUGCCAAGGCAGAAAUGAUCCCUGACAAAGAAGAAGAAGAUCCCAACAAGCCCUUCAACCCUAAUACCAUGGUCGAUGAGCACUCUCCUCGUGUAAGAAAGUCUGGCAAGGUCGUUGAUGAAGAUGACAACAUUGUCGGUGAAGUGGAUAAGAGCUCUGCUCACAAGUUGGCUGGUUUCCCUGUCGAUGACGACGGUAAUAUUAUCGAUAACGAAGGUCAUAUUGUUGGCAAAGCAAAGAUGCAUGGCAAGAAGUCCGAAGAGCAGCUCAAGGAGGAAGCCGAAGAAGAGGAGUACCGCAAGAUUGCUGACCAAAUGUCUCAAUCCAUUCAAACCUCCUUGGACAAGAUCAAGCCCAUCCUCAAGAACAUUACUGAUACCAUUGAUGAUGAAGAAGCCAAGCCUCAAAAGGAACGCGAUGAACAAAAGUUGGUUGAUACUGUCAAGCCUCUCAUUGAGCAAGGCUCUGCUAUUCUUGAGGAAUGCAACGGUGCUAUUCGUGGUCUUGAUCCCUCUGGUAGAAUCGCCAAGCAAGCUCAAGCAAAGACCUCUGCUAGAAAGGCCACUCCGGAAGAGUACCAUUUGGCUGAUCUGUUGGCCCAACUUUCUGGUGAAGUCAGCACUACUAUCGAUAGGGCCAAGAAGAAGGUUAGAAACAUGCCUCAUGCCAAGAAGGAAUUGAGCCCCCUCUGGAACAUCUUGCAAAGUCCUUUGCUUCAAAUCCUCUCUGCUGUUGGUCUCUUGUUGACUGGUGUCCUCGGCCUCGUUGGUAACAUCUUGAACGGCUUGGGUCUUGGCUCCAUUGUCAACAGCUUGUUGGGCGGUAUUGGCCUGAACAAGAUUCUCGAAGGUUUCGGCCUCGGUGAUGCCUUGAAGUUGGGCAGAAAGAAGUAA